AUGGCUGUGCUUUUGCUAGCUCUGUUGGCACUCCAGCUUUUCGACCAUGGAUCAGCUAAAUUGCUGGAUACAAAUUGUGCGCCCUUUGUAGAGUAUGGCCUAAGAAUAAUCGGUGGCGAAGACGCCCAAAACUUCUACACCCCUUGGAUAGCCAGCUUAUACAACAGUACAAAAGAUUUCAGAGGCGCUGGAACGCUUAUUCACAAACGAUUUGUUUUAACAUGUGCGCACGUCUUACAAGGAAAUCCAGAAUUCGUGCGCUUGGGGGAAAAAGACAGAUCGUGCAUAACAUCAAACUGCUCAGUCGUUAAAGAGUAUUCAGUGGACCUGGCUAUAAAGCAUCCCGACUAUUUCUUCCAAUUCCCGGUUCACAAGAACGAUGUAGCUAUACUAAAACUCAACGUUGAUGUGGAGUACAAUGAGUUCAUUAAGCCAAUUUGCAUUAUCGUGGACGAAGAAGUAAAUUUAGCGGAUAUUAACCAAAUUCAGGCCUUCGGAUGGGGUAUAACCCAGGCUCACAAAAAGAAAGCGAGUGAUACUCUCAAAACUAUUAAUCUGCAACUCCAGAGCCCGCUAGAAUGCCUUCGAUCCGUGCAAGUAAACAGCACUGAUGAGCAGUUCUGCGCAAGAUCACCCACUGGAGGCGACACCUGCUAUGGCGACUCCGGUGGUCCGGUGGCGGGGAACUAUAUGUACGAGGGACAAUCGAGAUACGUUCAAAUGGGGAUCGUGAGUUUCGGUUCACUGAGUUGCAACAAAUCUGCCAUUUACACAAAUGUCACGAGCCACCGAAACUGGAUACUUACUGUGCUGCAAACCCAUGGGCGGCAACUUUUAUUGGGACUCGAAACGUUUCCGGGAGUGAACUGA